ACCGAGUAGCCAAAAAAUGAAAAGCAUCGAAUGCAAUCAAAAUUUUCUUCGAAUAAUAUAAAAUUAGAGUACAAUACUUAACAUUACGAUUCUAUUAUCUAUGUGAAUCGGCUUAAAAUUUAAUUUAAUUUUUUCAAUUGUGUCAAUAGAAUAAUACAAAUAAUAAAAUGUUUUAUAUGUAGAUUAACAAAAAUUUUGUUUAAACAUUUUCAACUUCUUUAAAAAAAUUCAUCAGUACAGUGAAGUGCAAUAUAAUAUUAAAUAGCAGGUUAUUAUUUUGCCACUACUAUCAAAACUCAACUGUCAAGAAUGGACACAUUUAAAAAUCCACUAGAAACGAUAACGCUUAUACCAAUUUAUACUUAUUUAAAUAUAUUGAGUGAUUUUUUAUUCACUGAACUAUACCUAGCAGAAAUCGAUCAAAAUAAACCAAUACCAAUUGUCAAUGCACUUUAUGAAUAUAUUCAAUAUUAUGAAAAUAAUCAACCUGAGAAAGUUGCAUUAAUUAGAAACUUGUUAGAAGGGAGCGAUCUGUAUGGAGCAAAAAAAGAAGAACACGUUGAUAUCACUUUUGUUAAUGCGAUGUUCGAGUACAUUAUUAGCUCUAUAGUAUUUGACAAGUAUGGUAGUAUUUAUGGUUUCUUGGCAGAUAUUUUUUGUAAAGCAGAAACUUUACAAAUAGAAGAAGUGCUGAAUAUAAUAAAAAUAAAUCUUGGAAAUACUUCUUAUGAAAACGAAUAUGGAGACAGAUCGAUUCUCAGUCCUUUAUCAGUGGAUAGAAUAUACUAUGACAUAAUAUUACCUAUGUUUCCUCUGCCAAAAGCUAAUCUUAGUUUAUUGUCCCUUGAUUAUAUUUAUGCACAAGCUGGUUCAAUGUUUCUCCGAGCUGGUAGAAUAAAUAAUCAUAAUUAUAUUGAUUUUAAAGAAAAUUUUGCAAAUCUAACUGAGGAUAAUUUAUUUGACGAAUACUUAGUGAUUGGUCAUGUAAUGGAAACAUUAAUUCUAAUUGAGGAGCAGAAUUUCGAUAUGAUGAAAGCUUUUGCUCUUCCAGCUCUUACGCAUUUUAUUUUCAAUUCAAAAUAUUUAUAUACCUAUGAAAACAUGGCAAAUAUAAUUUCCGAUCCAGAUUUCUGGCAAGCAGCUUAUAACAGUUUGUUUCAAUAUACAGCUAAAGCUUUUAAUGAUAUAAAUGCUACGUUAAAAAAUGACAUCAUGAUAAAAAUGCACAAGGCACUUUCUAGAUUUCAAAGUAUUACCGCAUUAACUGAAACUUUUAUGGAACUAUAUUGUGCAGAUUUAGACGAGAAUGAAAGAAAUUUUACACUUUCUCUUCAUUCCAAUUAUUCAGAAACAAUUCGAUGUAAAAAUGUCAAUCUAACAGAAUAUUUUUGGAACACAAAUUAUAACAUCAACGAAUUAUAUGAAAUAUAUGAUUUUCAAAUAGUCCAAGAUGCGUUUCCAAAAGCUCUGAUAGACAAACUUGACAGUAUGCAAGUUAUUAUAAAAUUACUUAUUCCUAACAAUAUAACACAUGGCGUUUUUGCUGAAUCAGAACAUUUAGCUUAUGAUGUUUUGGAAGUUUUUUUUCCUACUGGCAGAAGGUUUGAUUACUAUAUUUUAAAACGAGAAAAUUAUAGUGCUAUAUUAACUAAUUACGCUAAUACACAAAUUUUUACAGAAGACAGAUUAUAUUUUGAAAAAUUAUUCAGUGUAGCAACAUCUAAAAUUCUUAAAAGAACUGACGAGAAUGUUAAUGUAUUUAUUCAAAACUUAGUAAAGUAUAAAAAAUCACGAUUUGAGUCUCAGUUACGAAUUUUCGACAAUUGUAAAGAAAAAAAUGAGCAACUAAAAAGUGAUUGGUGGAAAGAAUUUGGUUUAUCAUUAGUGCCAUACUAUCCUUGUUCAUCAGAUACGUGUAGGAUUAAUUACGAGAAAAUUUGUGCAACACGUAUUAUAACAUUAUUUUAUAAAUACCCAAAAUACAUAACUUUAAAAACAAUAAGCAAUAAUUCACGGUCUUUUUUGUCAUCAUUAGGGACGAAAAUGACAUCAUUAUUUUUAAAAAUUGCAAGUAAUGAAACAGUGAAUGAAAUUGUAAGAGUAGAACAAAAUUAUAAAUUCUCAAUAACAAACGCAUUGAAUAGAGAUAAAAUAUUUGAUGAUAUUUGUUUACACAUAAAAGAUCCAGCAUUUUUGCUAACAUUUACAACUAAAGACAAGAUAAGUGUACUUAAAGAAUUAAUAAAUUCUUUAAAAGAAAAGACCGAUUUCAGUUUUACAUCAGUCAUUGGAAGUCUCUCUAAAAUAUCAACUUUAAAAUCCAACUUUUACAAUAGCAUUGGCACUAUAGAUGAAAAUAAUAGUCGAUUAAUUUUUGUAAAUACUUUAAAUAAUCGAACUGAUACUGGUUAUGGUUAUAAGUUUAUCUUCGUAUCUGACAAUAUGUCAAAAACUGCACAGUUAAGAACUGAUUAUGAAUUUAAAAAUCAGAUAUUAGUUUCACAAAUCAGAAGCUCGGAAAAAGAAGUGAAAAUAUAUGUUACUUUCAAUAACGUAACUUUUAAAUCUGAACCUAAGCAUAUGAUGUAUGAAAUUAAUAACCAACUUCAAAGGUACCCUACUAAAGUUUCAUUUAUUGGAAUAUCAAUUGAAGCUGAUGAUUAUGAUGAGAAGUGUAAUGAUAUGAAUUAUUUUAAAAUGUGGAAACCUUUUAACUAUUGCCGAAGGCGAGGACGUUUCAUUGAAAAAUCUGACUACGAAGAAAGAGCCGUACAGUUUAUCAAGAACAAUACAAAUUUUUCUGAGAAACAGAUACGCAAUAUGUUUGAAAAAUACACAUUUCCAAAUAGUACAACUCUAAAUAAAUUUAUCAAUGAUUUGUUUAAAAACACUUUAUUUGAAGAACCUACAUGGAGUCAAAACUAUAUAAUAGACAAUUCUAAUAUUUUAAGUGAAUUAAGAUAUCAAUCACAUUUUGAAGGACAUGAUAUAAGAGAAUAUGAUGCAGAAUUUAGAAUCAGUUCUUUUUACUCGAAAGCAGAAAGACGUAGGAUUGAAGAAAAUACAUCGUUAAAAAAUAUAGUUAAAAAUUACAAUGAACAGGACGCAAGGUAUUCUGUCACAUUUCAUGAUUAUUAUGCAAUACGAAAUUAUGUGACAACAGGAUAUACAAGAAUAACUGGAGAUACCCAUGAAGCAAAACUAAUGAAACUUGCUUUAUAUAAAUUAGCUAUAAGACAGUCUGACAAUUUGAAGAAAGAUUUUGAAUUAAAAUUAUUUAUAGUUGAUUCUAAACCCAUUCCAUUUCUUAGAACUGCAACUCGUGAAGAAUACAUUACUCUGCAAAAAUUUACACAAGCUUAUACUAGUAUAGAAUCAGCUAUUAGAUUUGCUGGUUAUCCUGCAGCUGGAUAUGUAAAUAUUUUUUAUGAAAUGGAAUUUACUGGGCCAUAUCUAAGGGCAAAAAUAGAAGAAUUUUACAACAAAAAAGAGAAGAGUGUAAUUCUUUUACCUGGAAGCAAGUUUCAUUUAGAAGAACGUGUUUUAAAGGUCAUCGAAGGAUUAGAAGUAUUGGGCAAGGUUUUAUAUGUGAAGCUAAAGUAUGAAAAUACUUUAAAUGAUAAAUACGAAUGGUAUAAGAAAAUUAUGAAUAAAAUUUCACGUAUCACCUUUUAAAAAUUGUAUUAUGAACUUCUAGAAUUUAAAAGUUAAUUUAUUAACUUAUAUUCAAUAUAAUAUAUAUUAAACGCAUAUGAUCAAAAAAUUAAAAAAGUUCAUAUAUAUUGACUUUAUAUUCAGUCACAAUUUAACUAAUUUAAAAGUCUUAGUUUUAUUCCUUGUGCAGAAAACCUUGUAUAGAAAUAUCCUUUUUUAUAUUACCUCCAUGAAGUCGGCGUCGAAAAUUAUUUUUCACGGGACCAAAAAUAUCAAAUUAUUUUUAAAAAAGUUUUGGGUCCACAUAAUACUUUGAAAAAUAUUUCUCAAAGCAUUAUUUAGACCAAAAAUCUUUUUAAAAAUAUAAUUUAAUAUUUUUGGUCUUGUGAAAAACAAAUGUCGGCGCUGAGCGAAAAAAUCUUCAUGAAGGUUUUUUAUGAACGUUUGACACCAUAAGAUUAAAAAAAUUUAAAUUAAUUAAAAAAAUAAGGUGAAGAGAAAGAGAUCAAAAAGCAAAAAUGAAGCAAUAAUAAAUCAUUACCAAGAAGCUAAAAAAUGAAAAGCAUCAUCUAUAAUUAAAAUGUUCUUCGAUUCCGAUUCUAUUACACAGGUUUACAGUGAAAUUGUCACUCGAACAAAACAUUUUUUUUUCGAUUAAUAUGUGUUUUUUGAGUAAGAAAAUCAUAUUUAAAAUUUUUUUUCCUCGUGCAAUUUUUUUAGAACAGCAAAUAAUGCAUUUUC